AUGAAUAAACAAAGUGAAUUUAUUAAAGAAGAACGUCACGAAAAAUUAGUGAAAGAAAAUGAAGAAGAAAAGCAUAAAGAGCUAAAAAAAGAGCUAAAAAGACAAAGAAAUCGUGAACGUCAAAGGGCAUAUUAUCACCGUCAGAAAGAUUUGAAGAAGAACGAAGAAAAAAAAAAAAAGAAAGUACCAAAAACAAAUGCUGAACGUCAAAGGGAAUUUCGUCAACGUAUAGCAGAAAAAUCCUACGUGGAUAUGAAAAGACGAAAAUCGUGCAGUAAUGAAGAGAAUGUCUUGCAAGCUCUUACAAUGGAGGAUGACAUAGAUAUCGAAGAACAUGAUGUUCUGGACAAUCCAAAGAUUAGAGAUAUAUUUCCUGACUUAUCUCUGGUCAAAACUGAAGUACCUGAUACCAUAGAAGACAUAGAAGAAGCAGUAGAUGAAUACUACGAACCAUUGCAAUAUCCGACAGAACACUAUGGAAUAAAUAUAAAAAAAGAAAACACAAGUGAUGAAGAUAUCAUUGGCUGCCAGUAUGAGCAAAAUAAUAGCGCUAUUGUCGAGCUUGGUGAAAUCGGACCAUCUAAUGAUGAUAUUCCGCAAAGUGUACUUUCUACAUCCCAAUUUGGGCAAAGUGAACUUGCUUCAUCUCAAUUUGGGCAAAGUGAACUUGCUGCAUCCCAAUUUGGGCAAAGUGAACUGAACGCUUACGAGUAUCAAGAGAACGCAAUAAGUCCUUAUGAAUUUGGGCAAAACGAAAGCGCACCUUGUGAAUUUGCAGAGGAUCAACAAUUGCAUUUCAAUAAAAUUAUACUUGGUUCUAAACCUGCAUCAGAUUACGACACUUUAUACAAAGAAGCUUUACAUUCUAACGUGUCAGUGUAUUUAGAAAAUUGGGAAGUCAGACUCAAUAAUAGCGCAUGCUACUGUAAUGACUGUGAGAUUCUAUUCCCAACGGUCAAUGCUUUAGAUGCUCAUAAGAGCAUAAGUCAUUCCUUCCUGGUGGCAUUAGACACUCCAAGACCUAAUACAGCAAGGAAGAGUACCACCAUAACGUCAUCUAGGUACUGCAACCAUUGCAAUAAGAUGUUUUCAGAUGACACUGCGUUAAUAAAACAUUUGUACGAGUUAUUACCGUUGAACAACUUUAGGAAACCAACACCAGAGCCACUUAAAAUUGACGCAAAAUCCACGCGUUACAAGUGUAUAAAAUGCAAGAAAUAUUUCGCGACAUUUGCAGCUGGUAAAGAACAUAAGAAAAAUCAUCAUCCUGAAUUAACGAAUGUUAAUAUUAUAUGCAAAGUUCUAGCUAAGAAUGAACAGUUAUCAGACCCGGUAAAGAAAGAACAUCCAGAAGGAAAAUUUUUCGCAAAUGAGUCGUUGGUACCAAAGUCGGUUUUAUUCCAAUGUUACGUGUGUCAAAUUAACUUUGUGUCAUGCUAUAGUGCAACUCAGCACGCUGUGAGAUGCAAAAAUAACACUGAAUAUCAUAAGUGUAAAAUUUGCAAACGUAAAAUUCGUGCAAAGGAUAAUUAUAUACACACAUUGCAGCAUAGAUAUGCGGAACCCGGUGCUAAACUAAGAAUUUACACUUUACAGAAAUAUAUGUCUGAAAAAGUGUACCUCAAAUGUCCAAAAUGUUCAAUAUGCUUUGACGAGAGAACUUUUUCGGUACAUUACGGUGUGUGUAAAAACGAACGCGUUAAUUUCGUACGUUGUAGAAUUUGUAGUUUAGAUAUCAAUCAGUCGCGAUAUCCAAAUCAUAAAUCGAAACAUGUCAUGCAAAAGUGUACUAAGAAAGACUUUGUAAUCAUAAAGUUUUAUGAUACAAAUCGGGUUAAUUCAGUGGGGAUCCCAAAACAGUUCGAUGAAGACUUUGAACCGAUGCAAUCAGAAAAGAAACCUAUACCUGAAGGAGAAAAGAUACCACUGUACUACUGUAAUGUUUGUGGGUCAUAUAAGACAUAUUCGACUCAAAGAGGACACAAGAAUGAGGCGUGCAAAACUCUUAGCGUUAAAUUUUGUGAUUUGUGUGGACUUGGCUUCAGUAGAGAAAACUAUAAGCAACAUAGAGAACACCAUAACAAAAGGAAACUAACUCUGAAUGACUUUAAAAUAAUAAAUUUAAAGACCGGAGUGGAAAUGGAAGUGCAAAUGUCAAACUUUCACAGUUGCAAACGUUGCAAGAUACACUUUUUGUCGCGAGAGAGAGUGCAGUUGCAUGACUGCGCAAAAGAACAAUUUGAGUUUUGUCAAAUUUGCAACAAAAAAUUUAACCUCAAAGCUUUUGUACCCCAUUCGAAUCUUCACAGUAAUACCAAUAUACCUGAGUUGUUGAAGAAGUAUAAUUCAAUUAAUGACAUGUGGAAUGUCGUUUAUUUAUGUGUUGCAUGUGAUUUGGUGACGAUGACGUAUGACUCAGCAGUGGAACACAGUCAAAAUCAUAUAAAUGAUAUACAAAUACCAUUGGUCAAAAGAUGUGAUGUGUGUGAGUUUGACAUAAUAGAACAGUACUACAGGACCCAUAUGCAGCUCCAUAAUAACAAUGUAAAGAUCAACAGAACUAAAUUCAGAGUCCUGACGUUUAACUUUGAACAUUUGUAUUCAAAACAAUGGAUGGAGAUGUUUUCCUCGCUGCCGCAGUCUCAUAAAUAUCAAAUUUUGUCUAAAAGUAUAUAUAGGUUCUCUCGUCUCAUCAAGUUCAAUUGCGAAAUAAACUGCCUUUCAGAAGACGUCAAGGUCUUCUGUAAGAAAUGCAAGACUGAGGUUCAACUAGAAGAUACAAAAAAGCAUCGAUUUGAAAAAACUUGUAAAUCGUCCACAAAUUACGUAUGUAAAAUUUGUGAUUUACAUUUUAAUUCUUUACGUGAUUUUGUUUGCCACAAACAAGAACACGAUAGUUUAUCCAAAAAUUAUAAAGUAAUAACAUUUAAUGAUAAAAAAGACGAAGUGUUUGAUCAAAGAUUGAAAGAUUUCGAAUUGAUGACAGCAUCAAAUGAUUCUAAAAUACCAUCUUUUUCUCAGACGAAGUCUUUUAAAUAUUCAACCAAGGGUUUUCCGAUUAAAGCUUCUAAAUUGGGCAAAAACUUAUCAAAAUUAAAAAGCAUAUGCGCUAAUACCGUGAGGGAAGAGGUCCUCAGAGCCAACAGAAUGAAACUUUACAAGUGCGAGAAGUGCGGCUCAUGUGUUAGCAUGUUAAAAAAUAUUGCCAAGCACAAGUGUUGCAUGUUUGGAAAAACGCGUCUCAAACUAUGCUACAUAUGCAAGGAAUAUUUUUAUAAUCGCCAUUUACAUCUACAUAUGGAAUUGCACAGACAAUUUCCACGACUCAUGAAAAAACCUCUAGUGGUACGUUUUAAUCCUAAAUGUGACUCUUGGCCGGUCGCUAAUAUUUUUCAAUGCGAAUGCGGACUCCAUUUUACUUCAAAACAAUCGAUUGAUAAUCAUUUAGAAAUAUGCAACGAUAAUCUAGAAAUUUCUAAAGAAGAAUGCAGCAAAUGCAACCUCUUGUUCCCCACUGAUGUUUUAGUAACACAUCUUUGUAAGCAUCAUAGUAAACCAGUCGACAUAAGGGUUCAAGUUAUCAGCAAUAAAAAACCACGACCAUUGAAAUGUGCCGAUUGCAGUAUAAUUUACUCAUCCGUAAAAAGUUACGAUGAGCAUUUGUUCAACUGUAGAGCUAGUAACGGCAGAACGUGUUCACGGUGCAAAUUAACAUUUGAUUCGAAAACGUUCUCUCAACACAAAUGUUUGAUCAACGAAAAAAUAUCUGUUAUAAAGAAAUCUGCGUGUGUAUCAGUAGUUUACCGUUGCCAAUCUUGCGAUAUCACUUAUUUGAACAAAAAGAGUAUAAGUUAUCACUUUGAGAGGCGGCAUGUAACUCAACGAGACAUUGUAACUUGUGAUAUUUGUAAGUUGAAAUUCACCUCACAAAGUUACAGCAGGCAUACAGCUCACAAUAAUGGGGAUACGUAUAUAAUCAAAAUUAUCGAACCUAUGACCGGUCGUUCAAGCAUUCUUAAGGGAAAAAAUAAAAGUUUUAAGGAACGUGCUAAAAGCGAAAGUGAUUCGAAAGAAGAAAUUGAAACGGUUGUCGAAGCUGAAUCAAUAGAAAUGGUAAAUCAAGAAAAUGUCUCCGUUAAUGAGACAGAUAAAGUAGCAAGUUGCAACUAUAGAGUUUUUAGAUGCCAUGAGUGCAAAGCGUGUUAUGUUGUCAAAAAACGUUUGGAUAGGCAUCUGAUGUUGAACCAUAUUGCUAAACCUGAUCAUCUUGAAUGCGAAGUGUGCGGUCUUACAUUCCAGAAGAAAUUAAUGCCGAGACAUAUGAUUAUCCAUCAAAAUGACGAACCGGAAUACUGGAUUGAAGUCAUCGAUUCUGAUACUGGCAUAUCGACCAUACUUAAUGGCAAAAAUUUUAAUCCAAAUAAAAGUGACACUUCUGUUAAUAGUAAUAAACGCAGUUCUUAUUUCAGAGACUACAAUAAUUUAAGAAGUAAAAGAAGCAGAAGAAACGAUGACAGUAUUCAGAAUGCGUCCGAUGAAAAUUUAGAGACUCAAGAUCAGCCAAGCACAUCUAAAUUUGGCUUGGAAUCUGUCGAUAUGACCGAAGACUAUAAUGAAACAAUGUUAUUUGAUGCAAAUGAUCCUUUGAAUUCUACGGAGUCAAUUUUUCUCGAUGACGGCACUUUGGAUGAUACGAAAAAAUCAAAAACUGUCGCAGCGCAUAACAUACCAGAGAAAUUAAAAAUUAAACUCAACGCAAACAUGCGCAAUUACAGCUCUACUCUUUAUAAAUGCAAGAUGUGUAGUUUGCACUUCUUGACGGACGGUUCAAUUCUUUGGCACGUGUCGAGGAAACACAACAGGCAAUUUCCAGGAUACAAUUGCGUUGUAUGCGGCUUGAAUUUCACUUACGCCACUCUACAAAGACACGUGUAUAUACAUCACAAGAAAAUGAAACUAGAUAAAGAUUCGUUCAAUAUAAAAGUUAUAGACGAAAAUACAACAAAAAUAACGAACGAAGAGACGCUCCAACAAGACCAAAUGAUACCACAACCGAAUGCACACGAAGAAUCGCCUGAUAAAAACGAAGAAGUAAUCCCACCACCUAACGUUGAUGAUAAUGCAAUGGACGCUAGUUUGCAAAUCGAUGCAAAAAUACAUUACUACAAAUGUGGUGAUUGCAACGUUUGCUUUAUAGACGAUGUUACUUGUCGCGAGCAUUGUAUAUCGCACACUUCUUUAGAUCCUAAGUCGUACAUUGAGUGCAAAAUAUGUAAUUUCCAAUUUUUGAUCGAUUCGUUGAAGGAUCAUGUUAAUGUACAUCACAUUGAAGAAUUCUUUUUAGAAGAUUUAGUUAUAACUGAGUAUUUAAGUAACGGGGACGAUGAUCCAAAGGUUGAAGUGUACCAAGGCAUCGAUAAGGUUCAAUCUAGAUUGGUCAGUACUACAACAGACGUCGCGACCGAUGGUUGUGACACUGAAAUUGUUGGUACUUGA